AUGAAAUUGCCCCAUUUCAUCCUUGUCCUAAUCAUCCUCCAAACCCUCCACCAUCUUCCGGCCAUCCUGGCCGUGAAAUACGUGGCGAUCAACGACGCAAAGAACUAUCCGGGAGGGAAGCGGUUCGAGAAUGAGAUCGGAAUCCCAUACACCCUAAAGAUCAUGGAAGAGAUCAACAACUACAUCUAUAAAAUUUUCCAGCAAAAAAAUGAAUCCGACAGGAAACCGGUGGGAGUCGCCACAGUUUUCAUCCGGCAAUACAACGGGGCAGAGGCCAUAACCUACGGUGAGACCGUCAACGUCAGUGCACUCUACUUACAAGGGUACCAAGGCAACCUCAAAUGGGAGUACACAUCUCUCCUCUACCACGAGCUCACGCAUGUUUUCCAGUGGAACGGCGAGGGGCAGGCGCCGAUAGGCCUCGUUGAGGGGAUGGCCGAUUACAUGAUACUUGUGUCCAACUAUUAUCCCAAGGGAUUCGCAAGUCGCGGGAUGGGGCAGAGGUGGGAUCAGGGCUAUGAUUUCACCGCGAGGUUCUUGGAGUAUUGUGAGGGGCUUAAACCAGGGUUUGUGGCGGCGUUGAAUAAGAAGAUGAGGUAUAAUUUUUCAGAGAAUUUCUUUGUGGAGUUGUUGGGGAAGCCGGUGGCGCAGCUCUGGUCUGAGUAUAAGGCUAAAUAUGGGAAUAUCAAAUAA